AUGCUCCAAGAAGAUUGUGAUUGCGGUUCCAUCCUGAUGAAUGACGCGGUGAUGCUGGAGAACCAGAUCCCUCUGUUUCUACUGCCAGAGCACUCUGUUUCUGCUGCCUGCUCCAGGGUUUACCAGGACCUUUCUCCCCUGCAGUUUUUGCGUUCUCACGAUGAUGAUAACAAUAAUCGUAUUCAUUCUGUUCCCAUCAAUCAGCAACCUCGGGAUUUGUUGGAAUAUCUGUACUUUCAGAUCGUGGGUGGUGGUGUCCAGGAUCAGAAGGAGGAAGAUUCCACAAGCUUUCUCCACAUAUUGGAAAUGGCUCCUCCAGGGUUGAUCAAGGAAUCCCAGAGCUGUACUCGCUAUGGUUUCGACAUAUUCGAUCUAUUCCACGAUGCUUUCCAAGCAUCACUAGGUGCAAAAUUUCUCAAGCCCACCGGGAUAUUUUGGGUUGUCCGUGAAUUGGUGUCUCUGAUCGAUUCCCGCAGAAGGAGACUAGUAUAUGAUCAGGCAUGGAUUCCGGCUGCUUCGCUCCUUACUCGACAUCUAGGCAUGAGAAUACUCCCCGUCGAAGAUGGCAGCAACAGUUUGAAAUCCGCGGUCAGCUACGAAGUUCAUGGGAAAACCCUCCGGCUCCCCGUGCUCACACUCAAACCCAGAUGCGGGACGCUGAUAAGAAACCUGAUGGCGUACGAAUAUCACCAGACGUUGACGGCGGCGAGAAGUUGA